AUGGCCAGCGAGAUGGAAGACAACUAUGUCAAUCAAUAUCGCGAUCAUGUUCAAUUUAUGGGGCCAACAUCUAGGCAACAUGCAGCAAUCUCGUUUUCCCAAAGAAGUGAAAAGAGUCCCGAGGCUUCCGCGAGACGUGCUGCUAAAGAUUUUAUCGAUCGCGGCUUCGAGAAUUUCAUGUCACAUGUCAAAACGCUCGAGGAUGGUGCGGGCCCUCUUGAUCAGCUUUUAUUUAUCCGCCACGUCCCUUCGACAACUGAGGGCCAGACAGACGGCGACGGAGACCAUGCCGAGAUAGCUUCAAUACAGAUGAAGGAAACCAAAGACCUUUUCGACGCCUAUGGCGAAUGCAGAAAUACAUUUGACGACGAUGUUGAAACCUUCCCAGGAGAGGAGAACCGCUAUGCUUGGUUUGUAGACACGAGUUUACUGGUUGCUUCGAUUUCGGGCAAUAUUCCGGCGUUAACGGUUCUCGCGGCAGGGAAUUUACUCUUUAAUUACAGGCGCUCCGCUUCUCGCCGAACGCGAAAUCUCCAAAUUCUAGAAAGACUGACCCCCAUGAUGAAGUCUUUGGAGCCCUUGCUGAAAGGCCUCGGAAUUGGUCAACUCGAUCGGGACCAGAGCUCAGAAUUACUUCAGUCUGGAGUUUUGCACCUCACUGCUCUGGUAGUGCAAUGUCUCAACUUGAUUCUUCAAUCAUACCUACGAGGCUCGAAGACACCAAUUCGAUUUCAAUUCUUAACGACACCUAUUUUUAAUUUCGUUCUCGAGGGUGUCGACCACAGCUCGCAAGCUCGGAAAGUCUAUGCAACCUCACAAAAGCUUUCGUGCUUGGGCGAUAUGCUUCACACGGAGGUGCUGGUCUUUGGGCUACAGAAAUCGCUUGCACAAAGACGACUGGAUCUUAUUGCAACACCAGCCCAAGUGGUUGCUAUGUGGGGACCCGUGGAGUUCAUCAUCAAAGGGAAUGAUCGCCUUUCCACAGCAAAUGAACCAGGGCGGAAAGUGGCUGGUGGCCAGAUGGGUGUGCCUAAAUCCGGGGAAAUGGCUAUUUACGGCAUUAGAAUCAAUGGCGGAAUCAUUUUACCAAGUGGUGACACUGUUGACGGGAUGCCGAAAUGGCACUGGAUGUCCGUGAACCAGAUGGUUGAAAACCAUAUGCAUGUCAUCUUCGAAACGAAUAAUGGCAUCGACAUUCAUACUCGCAUUAGAAUCGGAGGGACAGGCAGCCUUCAUUUGACACCGAUUGGACCUGCUCGUUGGAACCAAAGCUGCCAUCGGAGUACCAGUGUUGAAGAAUUGCGAUCGAGGUUUCGGAUACCAGGAACGAGUGAUCCACAUAUCAAGAUGAAAGAUUUCACAGUUGGGCUGCAAUCAGGUGAAUAUGUAAAUGUCAUCACCCAAGCAACAUUUGCAAGGGAGCCAGGAACAACUGCCAAAGAGGCACUCCUGAGCUCAGCGGGAUUAUUCGAAUUCCAGAUCACCGAUUAUGAUGAGAUGUGGGGCUUGUUCGUCAGCCUCUGCACUGGAGUGAUGACUCGGGUUAGACUCCGCGAUCUAGUUGCGUAUGUUUGCCUUCAUGUGCCCGGGCAGAUUCCAGAGUUGCCUGACAAGUCUCGUGAGGACUCUUUGGACGCUUUCGUGCAGGUCCUGAGUGGGGAAGAAAAUAUCGCGGUCUGGCUCGAAAAUCUGCUUCGGGAUUUCGAACGGAGAAACCCCGGUUCCAGACAACUCUUGCAGGACCGCAUCCUGUCUUUAUUUCGAAAUGUUCUGGCCAUGGUCAAAGAUACAGGUAUAUCAAGAGAGGGCGAUCUCCGUCUUGCAUUUCUCAACCAGCAAUACAAACACCGUAUGCUGGUUUUGCAUGCUCGAGAUCACCCAUGGACCAAAGUCUUGAGCGACUCGUCCAUAACAGCGACAUUUGCUUGCGUAUCUCCGCACUGUUUCGAAACUACAGACCACACAUGUCAGAAUCUUCAAUGGAAACUGCCAGACAAGUUUCGAUUGUCAACCAAACUGGACAUGUUCGCCCGCCAUGUUCGUGGGGCAACAGACUCCGCGGGAACCCUUCAGGUCGGAAAGAAAUACUGCGUCAAUGCCCAUCAUGUGGAUAUGGUGGCCAAGGUAGACCGAGUCGUGAAUCCUGUCGGAAACCAGUCGUUUUAUUCCAUCACCGCCAAAGAACGCCGCGUGCCCCUGUAUGUCUGUCAACAUAUUUUGAAGAGGGCAGAUCUGAGGGAAGAAAACUCACCAAAUGCUGCCAAAUGCAUCAUUAGUGGCUAUGGGGACUGA